GCUUGUCACGUGGGCGGGAAGAUGGCGGCGCCCAGGGUGCGCUGCGAGCGUCGCGGCUGUUGAAGCCGUCGUGGGAGGUCCCCUCGGGUGUGGCGUCUCGGAGCUCGUCCGGGUGGCGGCGGCGGAGCACGGUUCUGGCUUCCCUGGGCUUCCAGGUCCCGUCAGCAGGCAAGCAUCAUGGUGACAGAGCAAGAGGUGGAGGCCAUCGGGCAGACGCUGGUGGACCCCAGGCAGCCCCUGCAGGCCCGCUUCCGGGCGCUCUUCACGCUCCGGGGACUGGGCGGCCCGGGGGCCAUCGCCUGGAUCAGCCAGGCCUUUGCCGACGAUUCCGCCCUGCUCAAGCAUGAGCUGGCGUACUGCCUGGGCCAGAUGCAGGACCCCCGCGCCAUCCCUGUGCUCCGGGACGUGCUGCGGGACACCCGCCAGGAGCCCAUGGUGCGGCACGAGGCAGGGGAGGCUCUGGGGGCCAUUGGGAGCCCCGAAGUCCUGGAACUCCUGAAGCAGUACUCCACUGACCCCGUGGUCGAGGUGGCGGAGACGUGCCAACUGGCUGUGCAGCGGCUGGAGUGGCUGCAGCAGCAGAGUGGGCAGCCUGCAGUGGCGGGGCCCUACCUCUCCGUGGACCCGGCCCCGCCUGCGGAGGAGCGCGAUGUGGGGCAGCUGCGGAGGGCGCUGCUGGACGAGACCCUGCCGCUGUUCGACCGCUACCGCGCCAUGUUUGCCCUGCGCAAUGCCGGUGGCGAGGAGGCUGCGCUGGCGUUGGCCGAGGGCCUGCGCUGCGGCAGCGCCCUCUUCCGCCACGAGGUGGGCUACGUGCUGGGCCAGCUGCAGCACGAAGCGGCCGUGCCCCAGCUGGCGGCCGCCCUGGCCCGCACGACCGAGAGCCCCAUGGUGCGGCACGAGUGCGCCGAGGCCCUGGGCGCCAUCGCCCGGCCCGCCUGCCUGGCUGCGCUGCAGGCGCACGCGGCCGACCCCGAGCGUGUGGUGCGGGAGAGCUGCGAGGUGGCCCUGGACCUGUACGAGCACGAGCGCGGGCCGGCCUUCCAGUACGCGGACGGCCUGGAGCGGCUGCGCCCGCCGCCCUGACGGCCUGGAGGGCCCGCCCCCGCCGCCCUCCGUCCCCCGCCCAGCCGGGCGCCGCAGCCCCUUCUCCCCCGACUGGCGGCUUCCCGGUUGUGGGCAGGUCUGGUUUCCUCCCCUCUCCCGCGGUCCCUCCCUCGGCGGUCUGGGGCACCCCAGCCCCAGCGCAGGCUGUGCCGUGGGGGUCCGGGAAGGGGUUUGGGACGGGGCUCGGGAGGGAUCACGGGUGGCUCCAGCUUCACUAGCAGUGGGCAUUGGGGUCCAGG